AUGUCGAAUUCUCAACCUGAUCCUGUUGUUCAAACAUAUACAUUACAACAAAAACAAUUAUUGACUGCAAAAAUUGAAGAAAUUCUUAGAAAUAAAAACAGAGAAAUUAAAACAUGGCAAGAUAAUUAUAAUGAAUUAUUAAAGCAAUUAGGUGAAAUUGCACCAACUGUUGAAAAAGCUGUUCAAGAUGCAUUAAAAAAUUUAAAACUCGAUACUGAUAUCCAAGCGAUUAAGGAUGCAAUUAGUAAAAUUGAUAAUGAAGAAAUUAAAAAUCUUAUUAAUUCAAAAACAGAUAAUAUUUUACAAAAAUUUAAUGAUGUUCAGGUACCUGUUCCAAUUGAUGCUGCUGAUGCUGAAGAGAGUUUACGAAGACUUAUUGCUAAUGAGGAAAAUUCAAAUCCCUAG